CGAUCGCAUUAGUCCAAUGAUGGCUUUCGCGGGCUCAGAGGCACCAAAACUGGCCCCAGCUCUCUACGGUUCUCACUCGCAACUCGCAGACAGCCUUUCAAGCCAUCAUGACUGGCCUCCCCACUCGCAAGCUCGGCCGUGCGGAUGUCACGCCCAUUGGAUUUGGCGCCAUGGGCCUGUCUGCCUUCUAUGGCACCCCGCUUCCCGACGAAGAGCGGCUGAAGGCUCUGGACGCCGUCCUAGAGAACGGAUAUAAUCACAUUGACACUGCUGACGUCUACGGCGACAACGAAGCGUUGAUCGGUAAAUGGUUGCAGAAGAAUGGUAAGAGAAAGGAGAUAUUCCUCGCCACCAAAUUCGGAGGCUUGGUGGCCGGGCAACCGUUUCCCAACGGCCGAUUGGUCUGCGGCGAUCCCGAAUACGUCGCAAAGGCCAUCGAUCGCUCGCUGCAGCAGCUCGGUACCGACUACAUCGACCUGUGGUACUUGCACCGUGCAGACCCAACGGUACCUAUCGAGCGCACCGUGGCAGCAAUGGCCGAGCAAGUCAAGGCUGGGAAAGUCAAGUAUCUUGGCCUGUCCGAAGUGACGGCGGACACGCUCAGGCGCGCCCACGCCGUGCACCCCAUCGCCGCGCUGCAAGUCGAGUAUUCGCCCUUUGCGCUCGACAUCGAGGGCGAGAAGUACGGGGCCAUCCUGAAGACCGCCCGCGAGCUCGGGGUCAAGAUCGUUGCGUACUCGCCCGUCGGACGAGGCGUCCUCGCAGGGAAAUACAGAUCGCCUGACGACUUGCCGGAGGACGAUUCGCGGCGCUAUCUCCCUCGGUUCUCCGCCGAGAACUUCCCCAAGGUCUUGCAGGCCGUCGACGUCGUCAAGGGCAUCGCCGCCAAGCAUGGAGCGACCCCCGGCCAGGUCAGCCUCGCCUGGCUUCUCGCACAGGGGGACGACAUCCUGCCGAUUCCCGGAUCGACCAAGCCCGCCAAUAUCAAGGAGAACAUCGAAGCCGUCAACGUCAAACUCACGGCCGAGGAGGUCGAACAGAUUCGCCAGGCUGCCGUCAACGCGGACCAAGCGGACGUGCCUCGGUACCCUCCUAGUUUCCAGGCGUUCCUCAUGGCAGACACGCCCCCGUUGGCGUGAAGAUAUGUUUUGUCGCUCUGAAAGGAUCACUCUUUGUCGGUGACGAAUGAUAUGAUAUUGAUGUACACUCCGGAAUGUGACGUUGGCUUCGUGCUCGCCGCGACCUCUUCUUGAGUUCGUCCCCCUCUUCCAAAGUCCGAGAGCGGGUGCCGAUUGGUUGAUGGGCAGUGGGUUUGAUACGCUCCGACGUAUAGACUUCACCUUCACAAUCCGGGCCACAACGUCGUUGAAGCCAGCUGAGCGGCGCUAUGAAGCAGAUGCAA